CCAAACCAAUGGCGGUAGCACAAUUUCACAGCCUGGAACGGAAAUUAGCGAAACAGCCAAAAACUGCAAGGCAAUAUAAGGAUUUUAUAAAUGAGUAUAAAGACUUAGGGCACAUGUCUUUCAUAGAAAACAAGGGUCCGGAGAUUGGGUAUUACUUACCUCAUCAUUGUGUUACCCGGGAACAUUCGGAAACUACAAAGCUACGUGUUGUAUUCAAUGGAUCAGCAAAGACAACAACGGGACUUAGUUUAAACGACGUAAUGAUAGUUGCUUGGAUAUUACGGCUUUUACCAAAAAAUAAGGAUAAAAGGGAACGAUACCUUACAUUAGCUGAAGUCAAGGAAGCGAAACGGAAGAUAAUUCGCAACGUACAAGAAGACGACUUCUUCUAUGAGAUAGAAAAGUUGAGAAGAAAGGAGAGCAUUAAUAAAAGUACACUAAUUGCAUUGAAUCCAUAUCUUGGACAGGAUGGCCUUCUUCGUGUGGGGGGAAGGUUGCGAAAUGCCUUCAUUAGUAAAGACAUGCAACAUCCCAUUAUAAUUUCACAUACUGGUAGGCUGACUGACUUAAUAAUAGACCAAGCGCAUAAGCUUACCUUUCAUGGCGGCCCUCGCCUAACAUUAUCACUUAUCAGACAGAAGUACUGGAUUGUGGGCGGUAAUAGAGCAGUAAAGAGGCAAUUGAGAUUAUGUGUAACAUGUGUUAAAAACAACCCUCGGAUGCAAUAUCAAAUAAUGGGCGACUUCCCCGAAGCUCGGUACUUGGUCGCCAUUCACGACGCGAAUACUCCUCCCGGAAAAUGGGCUAUGGGCAGAGUUGUAGAAUUACAUCCAGGCACUGAUAAUAUCGUCAGAGUAGUUUCGCUAAAGACAAAGAACAGAGUAAUCAAACGGCCAAUUGUCAAAUGA